AUGUUGACCCUGUCAAUCUGCUUCCUUGGACUGGCAUAUGGCGUAGACUGCUCGACGCAUGGUUUGGCACUGUUUUUGCUCUGCAUGAUUGGUGCAGCCUUUGGUCUCUCCAUCAGUGGUUUCCUUACAAGUCUUCUCUCUUUGUCACCGAAUUUCAUUGGCAUUCUCAGCAGUACUUCGCAGAUUAUUGGUUUCGGUGGACGGGUGGCUACUCCUCAGAUAAUCACUUUUUUCAAGACAGUGGGUACGGCCGAGGAAUGGCGAGGAAUCCUGCUGGUAUACUCUGCCAUGACCAUCAUAUCAGCAGUGCUGUUCUUCCUUUGGGGUUCAGGAGAUGUACAACCGUGGGAUUCCUACCGAGUCACUCCGUCCGGAUCGAAGGAUCCACCUGUUGAUAGCAAACCACUAGUGGAUCAGAAUAUGCUACCAGAAUCCGCAGAAGCCUAG